AUGGAUAAUUACCAGAAGCUCGAGAAGAUUGGCGAGGGCACCUACGGCGUCGUGUACAAAGCCCGAGACCUUGCCCAUGGUGGGCGCAUAGUGGCGCUGAAGAAAAUCCGCCUGGAAGCUGAGGAUGAGGGCGUGCCGUCGACCGCGAUCCGCGAGAUCUCACUGCUAAAGGAGAUGCGAGACCCCAACAUUGUUCGCCUUCUCAACAUUGUCCAUGCCGACGGUCACAAGCUGUAUCUGGUGUUUGAGUUCCUUGACCUGGACCUGAAGAAGUACAUGGAGUCUCUGCCUGUUGCGGAUGGUGGUCGUGGCAAGGCUCUGCCUGAGGGCACCGGCCCUGAGCUGCACAAUCUCGGCCUUGGUGAUGCCAUCAUCAAGAAGUUCAUGAGCCAGCUGUGCGAGGGUGUUCGGUACUGCCAUAGCCACCGCGUCCUCCACCGCGACCUGAAGCCCCAGAACCUGCUUAUCGACCGUGACGGAAACCUCAAGUUGGCUGAUUUCGGCCUCGCCCGAGCGUUUGGCGUCCCCCUGCGAACCUACACCCAUGAGGUCGUUACGCUCUGGUACCGCGCCCCGGAGAUUCUGCUUGGUGGCCGCCAAUACUCGACUGGAGUGGACAUGUGGUCUGUUGGGUGCAUCUUCGCUGAGAUGUGCACUCGUAAGCCGCUCUUCCCUGGCGACUCGGAGAUUGACGAGAUCUUCAAGAUUUUCCGACUUCUUGGCACUCCCACUGAAGAAAUCUGGCCCGGUGUCACGUCAUACCCCGACUUCAAACCCACCUUCCCUAAGUGGGCACGCGAUUACAGCGCCCCCCUCUGCACGAACCUCGAUGAUGCAGGACUCGAGCUCCUGGAGAUGAUGCUCGUCUACGAUCCGGCGGGUCGCAUCUCUGCUAAGCAGGCUUGCAAUCACCCGUACUUCGAGGACUAUAACCGAGCUCAUCUCUACGGUAAUGGCUACCACUAG